AUGGGCGAUUUCAGUCGCUACGUCGACGGUAUCACGCGAGAAACCGGGUGGGAGAGGGAAAGGCUGUGGCCUUGCAGGGUUGAGAUUUGCAGUGCUAUAUACGGCACUGGGAACCCCGAUAUUUCGGGAAUAGGGGUCGCCAUCGGAUAUGUCCUCAUGGCAGGGCUGAGCCUCUCGCUGUCGGCGCUCACAGUCCUCCUAGUCAGGAGACACAGGACGCAUCCAAAACGGCUCUCCGUAGUGACGGCUGGGCUGCAGUCCUUCUUUGACGCGGCAGCCUACUUCGCCAUUGCGGCGCAGCUCGCCACCAUUAUCUUCCUCUCUAUGAAGGACUUUGGCAUUAGCACAUCCAACUUUGAGACCAUCGAGGCACAGAUUGCCCAGAUUGUGUCGGUCGUCUGCAUGUUGCCCCUGUUGUACCCUAUUGUCCUGCUCGACGCUACCGACGAGCCUGCCAAGCACAACAUGCGCGUAUUCUUGCUCAACGUGGCCGCCUCCUUGUCGUUUUACACUUUUGUCUCGCGUUGCAUCCACUGGUUCAGUAACACACCCAUGCGGACCAGCGACGGCGACGUGAUUGAUAUGGACGACUGGGGCGAAGUGGAAGGUAUUUGCUUCAGCGACGGUCUCCUGGGUCUGGAAAAGAACCGUGUCUAUGGGUCGAUCGGAGCCUUGGGGAUAUCUUCUAUGAUCCUCGUCUAUAUCUUUACAUUUUGGCAAAAUCUUGGUCUCCUUGGCUUCCGCCACCUCGCGGGGCGCAGCCGGUGGCAGGACUUGAUCUUCCAGCACUACGUCUGGAGGGAAUGCCUCAGCAGGCACCCAUACUACGCAACGGUCUUCCUUCUAGUCCCGGUCGGGCUCUCCUUGCCCCUUCUCUGGGCAGUCUUUUACCUACGGCACCUUCAGCGCGAACUGUCACACGUACUAUCUAUGGAGUACGAGGGGGACAGCUGGGGAUUCGGCCAGAUUGUCUCCAUUGUCAUUUUUGCGCCUGUGCCCAUCAGCAUGGCGUACCAUGCUAGGUUUGGCUAA